UUGCUGCUGGUUUUGUUGGUCAGUAUCGGUUGCGCUCUUUUCCACGUCAUAUCGCACCAAGUUUUUCGUCUCGUAGUUGUCAUCGUCGUGAGAAGUGCGUUCGGUAGUUUCGGUUUGAAAUGUGAACCGGAGUGGUUUAAAAUCCAUUGAAUUGGCAAGUUCAAGGCUGACGGAACGGAACGUGGAUGAAAGGCCCCCAAAACUGACGGUUGAAUUGUAUUGCACCGAACGAGAUAUCCACCCCAAGCCCAGAGCCCAAGCACGGGGUAGUAGGGUGGUAGUUUAUAGUGUUUGGAACUAAUCUCUCAUCGCAGCUGGCAGUAGUUUGUAAUUAGUAGCACAUCGGCAGUGUUCGAAAGUGUAUCUAUGUAGUGUGGCAAUGCGCCUAGCCCAGACGCAGCCGAGUAAGAGCAAAAGUGAAACAUGAAUAUCAUUUCCGGAUGAAUUGACCGAAAGCCUGCAGCACGUGAGUUGAACAUAUGAAGAAGUACCAAGGUAUCUACAUAAACAUCCAUUGCUUCGAAUGCGCCAAGUGAGGUGGACGGUGACGAUGAGUAAGCAGUUGAUUAAGUGCGAUGAUUAGUGGCAAAUUGUUCUGCACGGGGAUCGCUACGAUAUGGUGUUUGGGUUUAGCGGCAUUGAAGACAGAAAAUGGUGUAAAAUUAGUGGCAUGAUAGCUAUCAAAACGUGAGCAUUCGCCAAAUAGCAUGUUGACUGAAGAGGGGUGUGUCGAUGAUGACUCGAGGUGUAGUGUUGGAACUUCGCUGUGAUCAGAGAAGCCAAGAGGAUGCUAACACCAUUAUAGUACAAUAUUGUUAGUUAGCAAGCAAGUAGCGCUUAAGCGCAUCGAAGUGGUUCAAAUCGAAGGCAUUGCUUUACAAAACUGAAUUGAAACGGAAAGUUGUUACUCGGUGUGUGUUUUUUAAUUUGCUGAUGCGGUGUGGCAGAGGCGUCACUCGCCAAUCCGUACGAAUGCAGCAACGGUGAUGAUGAUGAUGAUGAUGGAGAGGAUGAUCAUGAUGAGGCGUGAGAACGGCUGCUGCUACUGGCUGCGGAUAUGCAUCUUAGCAUUCCUUUUCUGGCAAGGCUCCCUCCUACCAUUCCGGGAAUGUGGCGCACAGGAAGCCGUACAGCCGGCGUCAGUAAUAGCGAGGACAGCUGCGUCACAAAAUUUGACCCCGCCGUCCGCGUCCAAGACCUUUGACAUCGUAACGGAUUCUCCGUUAGGCAACAUUAGUCGCACUGCUGGUACCGUUAGUGAUGGCAUUCAGCUGGAACCACGCCAUGGAGUAGCGAAACUGCUGGAGGACAUAACCGAUAAUAGCAUUUUAAUUAGUCCAACGUCCAGCGAUCCGUACCUGGACGAAAUAGCGGCCUUAGGGACGAGCACCUCGAUGUUGCUCAAUGAGAACGAGGCGAAUGAUAGCAGUAGCAGUUUGGGAGAAUUUAUGACAGAACACUCAACAGUUGCAGUUCGGAUUCCGGACAUCAAUAUUACUCAUUUCAUAAGACCCACCCUGGUCAGCGAAACUGGUCAACUAGAACCGGCAAUAUCCGGUCAAGCUGACGAUCAACUGCUGCCAGAAAGUUGCUCCAACUAUGUGCUCAGCAGAAACAUCAUCGAUUUGUCCAUUAACGGUGAUUAUCGGCAUACAUUGCGACCCUUCAGGCGGCCAUCGUCGCCGUCAUCAGUGACCGUUUCUAAUAAUUCCGCAACGGUUGAGGAACCGGACUUGGACAAUAUCACAACCGUGUACGCUCUCGAGGGCGACUUUACCAUUUCGUUGAUCACCGACGAACAAGAUUUUGGCGGGUGCCUCUUUGUGGUGGACCGAAUCAACGAGCUUCAAUUGAUUAACGACAAUGGCACUCUCGGUCUACGAAUUGUGCUGGUGCAAAACAAAUCCCAUGUGCCUCAGCUGCUGGAAGAAGAGGUCGCCUAUUUGAGGGAAUGUGUACCGCAGUCAAUAGGAAUUUUCGUGGCCGCUUCGCUGUGGCCUUCCGGUGCCGAUUGGGCGGAUGAGAUGGACUACAGUAUUUACCCAUUUGCGGCAUCGAACGAUCUGCUGUACACAAAUGCCGCUCAUCUGCUGUACGAGCUGCCCUGGUCCAAUCCUAACUCGUCGAUUGCAGUCCGAUCUGAAUCGCUCGAAUGUUCCAACAAGUUCACGGCCAUCUGUCGGCACGAGCAUCUGUGUUUGGAAAAUUUCCCUAGCGAUGACACGAUCUUCAUCAUUCUCGGGGUGACAAAAUCAGUCAGCUUUGCCACCAAUGGAACGUUGAUUGUGGUGCUUUCCGGGCACGAUAUGCUCUUUUUAUCAGACCUCCCGGACAAAUCGUACGUGAUAACGGAGAAUGAGAUUAGUCUAAUGCUACCAGAAAACAGAUCUAACUUGUUGAGUGUACGCUAUGGAUCUAAGUUGCUGGCCAGUGAUAUAUUGUCUGCAGGAUCUGUAUUUUUGGAGGUUGUGAAGUUGUUAAACCUUCCAGCAGAUGGGGAAUGUAAGAACAAAAGCGCAACAAGCUGCGACACGAAUUUCAAUGAAACACUAAGCAAUUGGAAAUAUUACGCGCGACUGUCAGCGCAACAUAUCGUAACGGAAUUGAAGCUGGACAGUUUUACCCAAAUGAUGACCUUCGAACUGCGACAGAAGUUUAGCUUGAACAUAAACAGCUCCGAAGGUGUGAUGGAUCUCAGGCCGGUUGCUAGUUCUAAUAUGGUGACAAACGUCACUACAGUCUUUCAGCUGAACGAAUUCAAAGAUAAGGCGACUGGACCGUUGAAGCUGGGAAACAUUUUCUACUGCAGUAAGGAGUUCGAAAUACGGCAUCCAGAUUACACGAACUCUCAUCGCCCGAUCUACUACGGAAGUGAAUAUGUCGAAAUGUUCUGGCAGAUCAAGCAAGAACCGUGGGUAGCUGCUGGAUUAACAGUUGCUUCGCUGGGAAUCCUAUUCUGUAUGGCAAUUUUGAUAUUCUUGAUUGUUCGAGUCUGCAUGGAAGACGUACUGGAGGGCAAUCCUCUGAGCAGUAUCCUGCUGUUGAUCGGUUUAAUUGUACAGUUUGCAUCGUUUAUACCCUUCAGUUUGGAAUACACUGGAUACAUGCCAGAUCUUCUACACAAAUCGGAUGCCAUCUACACCUGGAAUACUCUUUGCACUAUUAAAAUCUUUCUGGUAUCGAUAUGCUACUGUAUAACGUUUUCUCUGUUGCUAUGUCGUGCCAUAAUGUUAGCGUCAAUUGGAAGCGAGGGUGGCUUUCUUUCACAUGUCAAUGGCUAUCUGCAAAGUGUGAUUUGUGGCUUCAGCACCUUGGUUCAACUCGGCUUAUCGACUCAACUGGUAAUAAUGCUGCACGCUAAUGCUCACAACAUUUCCUGCAAUGAGAUCUACUACGGAAACUGGUUCUGGGCUGUCAUUUCCUACGAUGGCAUCCUUUUGGCGGGGCUGAUCUUCCUUUCGCCGUUCAUAUUCCGUUCCCAAAGAAACUACCGGGAGGGUGUUCUACUCGUGACCGGUUCCGUCCUGUGCCUUAUCAUCUGGACCACCUGGAUUCCGCUGUGCAUGUUCGGCUACGAAUGGCGGGAAGCUGCCGUCUCCCUCGGGAUGGUUGCCACGGCGCUGGCUGUGCUAGUUGGCGUCAUGAUCCCGAGAUGCUUCCUGAUGGUGAGAAGCAUAGCUCGGUCGGAUCUAGUUCAAGCUCUUCCUUCGCUCACCUCACUGGCCUUUGCUCAAACUAAUCAAUACGUUUCAGAACAGAGUGUUUACGAGUGUGUCAAUCCGGCAAUGCGUCAGCCCCGAUCGACAACAACGGAAACGUUUAUGGAUCCGGAUCUGGACGAUCCCUACAUGGCAACAAGCGAAAUUCCGACGCUGCCACUGCGAGGUGGUAAUCAACACAACCGGUACCACCAGACGCAGGAAACGCCGACGGCUAACGGAUCGAGCCGGUUCUACGGGAUCAGCAACCCCUACAGCUGCUCCGACUCGCUCACUUCCGAACUGUCGCCCAACAAAAUAACACGGUUCUGAUGGCAACAACACUCGGCUGAGAACGCCCCUCCUAUUUAUUGUACACAAGUUCCAUCCACAAGAUCAUUCCAAAGAUAUUAGCAUUAAGAGUAUGUGUUGUACUUACUUUAUGUCCGCGUUACCAUACGAUGACCUUUUUGUUCUAGUCAACGACAAUUGUGUAAACGUUUCGUAUGGGUGAAUAAUUAUUUUCAAUUUUUAUGUGUAUGUAUAUUUUAUUGAAGUCUUGAAAUGGAAUAAACUCGAUCUUUAAAUG